GCGGGAGAAUUGAGUAGGAAAGGCUCUUGAGAGUCCGUAAACAAAACGAAAAAUACACUUGGAGGCACCACUUCUCUUGAAGUUGUUUACGGAUGACGGCACUAUUAAUAAUGUAUGAUACAGUAUAAACCACUGUAAAUAUAAAUCACAAAAUACUUUACAGUACGAAAUGGAGGAAGAUAUUCACCCUAACGAUGACAAAGAAGCAUUGAGAAGGAGACUGGAAGUACUGAAGCAGGAGUAUGAGAUGACAGCACGAAGAUUGCAGAAGGCAGAACACCGGGAUGCAGUUCGCAGACAGGGCAGCGUCUCUCACCAGAACAGAUUUACACACAAUGAAUCAUCAUCACUAUUCUGUACAUCUUCCUCUGUGCUGGCUUCAGAACUUUCUGACAACCAAGAUGCUCAACAGUUACGAACUAUUGAAAAAAGAAGCUCUGUGUUUUCCACCGUUGAGAAAAUCCCUGCCAUCCAAUUUCAACUUGCCGAGAUUGCGUCCGCAUGCCCUGCAAGCAUGCGAAGCCCCACCCACCGUCUGCGUUCUAAGCGCAGCCGGCUGCGACUGCAGAACAAAGAGCGAGAGUCAGACACUGACUACAGCCAAGAGAAAGACCGUCUCGUGCCUGGAAAAAAAAGUGGUAGCACGGAGGAAAAGGCUAAACUGAAAAGAGAAAGUGAUAUUGAGAUGUUGCCAUGUAAGGUGGAGAAGAACCAGGACUUGCCAAAAAAGGGAAAAACAGAUGAUACGAUUGCAAAGAAAACACGGAAGCUAAAAAUGAUUGAAAAAACUGAAGUGAACUGUGAAUCUGCAAACAAGCCACUGGUUUUAACUGACGAGAAUAAUAUGGCCUUUCAAACUCUUAACAUUUGCCAGAAACAGUUGCCUCCUGUCGGUCGUUCUAAAGAGAAGUUACAGUCAAGAACAGCUGCGUAUUUGGACCCCAUCCAAUCCUCAUCUUUACCUCCAUCAUCUGAUUCAGACAAAUCAGACCGGAUGCUUCCACCAGAUUCAAAUAAAGAUAUUAAACACUCUUCAGUUAUGUCUGGAGCUCUAGACUCUUGUACGCUGGUCGAAGGUUUAACUUUUCCUGUGGAAUAUUAUAUUAGAACAACACGUCGCAUGGCUGCAUCUCAAAGUUCUGUCAAUCUCGAGGCUGUCAUUCAGAGCCAGCUCACUGGGGGGUGGGGCAGACGCAAGCCCAGCCAAUCGCAAAUGCGUGGUAGAGGUCACGUGAGCUCAGAACUUCCAGAAUCAGUACGCAGGUCAACCAACCAGGCCGGAUGUCGAGGGAAAGGUCAGAGGAGAAGAGGGCGUCGUAGAACGACUGUAGUUAGGAGUCCUUGUUCCAACGCUGCUUCAGAUUGUACAAUGUCACUUCCUGCAAGUGAUUCACAAUUGGACAGUUCGGUUGUUAUAGACUUAAAAUCCACCCCUCAAUCUACAGCUCAGUCAGAAUUGGAGGAAAGGCCACAUGGGGAUUCUCAGCCAAUCCCGUCAUCUGUGCCUACAGCAAAUUUGAAUCCAAGUAAAGAGGAAGAGGUCACACAAGAUUUUAAGCACCUACCAGAUUCUCAGCUUUACUUUGAGUCAAAGCUCCACCCAGAUUCAAAUUUGUAUCCUAUAUUCAGGAGGGGGUGUGGCCUCCAAACUGGAGGAUACUCAUCUCAGCCUCAGACAUGUAUGAGUAAAGAUGAUCAAUCACCUCUCCUGCCAUCAUUAUCUUCACUCAUUCAAACUCUACAAGACACCAAAAAUGGACUGCUGGCAUCUGUUGACAUCCAGGAUUUCCACUUACCAGAUGAGGAUUUUGGUCAACUGAAGUUGGAGAAACUGCGUAUGUCCUCUUCACUCGUGGAACCCUUUGUCUAUCGUGUAUACAACGCACGACGGAGCAACAGGUGCCAGACAGCACGGGGCAGAAAGGGUAACUCUGAAGUACUCGGUGGAGAACUAUUUACUCCAGAACCUCCAACUAGCUUUGCCCUUGAAGAUAGUUUACCUCUGUGUCAGUCAGACCCUGUUGACCAAUCACAGAUUGAGACACAAAACACUGACCAAUCGGAAAAACACGCUGACCAUGUAAACAAACCAAACAGCAGAUCCUCAGAUCGGAUAGACAGUGGAAAGGAACAAACCGGCACAAUAGUCAAAACAGAGAAGACGGCAAAUGACGAACACACGGUAAAGACACAAACCUCAGGAAACGAAAAUGUGCUUAAAGUAGAUCCUGAAGUAGAAUCGCGAAUACACAAGCAAACGGAUUCUCCCACCCUCUCUGAAAACAGCCCGUUGUGUCCAGCGUUACUAGAUUUUAGUCCUUCAUUGACCUCACACACCCAGAGAGGUCAAGACCCUUCCCUGCCAUCUUUGGGAUUGACCCCACAUUUUCUAAGUCCAGGUUCACCCACAGAUCUUCAACGUCAUCUCCUCUCUCCUGCUGACAGCCGUAGGUCUCCCACUUCAAACACGCCUACAGGUUUUGUGUCUCCAGAUUUAGUCGCAUGCAAAACAUUUGGAAAAGUCAAAGCCAACACCUCUAUGAAAAGUUCGGAUCCAACCAAAGUAGAGGGAGAUACUGAGACACAGAAUCAAAGUGAAGUCAGUCAAGAAAUUAUUAUGGGAGCUCAAAAUAAUGCAAACCACAGUGCAACAGGACACGAGAACUCAGUCGUGCCAGAAACUGAAAUGCAGGCUUUAUGCAUUAUGGAAAGUGAACAGAAAUGCAGUUUUGAUACAGGAAACAAUCCAGAAUGUAGAAGUAAAAUGAAUUGCACAUCUGAGAUCGAAGUUCAACCUCACAAUCUUUCUGAAUCUGCAGCUCAACACAACCCUGACAUCCAGAAAACCCAGAGCAGUCCAAAAGCAGAGGUUCAGACCUGUAAACACACUGACCUCAAGACUGAAACUCACAAAGAUAUGGUUAUGAAUCAGUCUCGGCGUGUAGAUGCAUCUGGCUGUGCAGGUCACGAUGAGGCGAUCUCAUUUGAUACCUCCACCAAUCAGCAAACGGAAGACAAGAUGCUGUGCACCACUAACGCGGAUGAAGCAAAGGAACAUGGAACUGAUUUGUCCAAUUCAUCCCCUGUACCUUCUACAACCCUUCCCAAGGCAGGACAUCGUUCCUCGUUGCUUCGGGAGACGCACACUUUCAAGGCCCUGGAGGGUGGAUGCGUGUUGGAUUUGUGUUUCGUACGAUGGAUGGCGGAGGACUUGUGCAUAUGUGUGGUGGGAGAAUGGAGUGUGUGCCUUUGGACUCAAAAGAAGGGAGUUCAGCCUUGGAGUCUUAUACACACCUGGACAUUUGCACAGACUGUCAUGUCCUUGCAAGCGAUUCCAGACUCUUCAGGUUUGCUUUGUGUAACAUUGGGUGACUUAAAAAUCACAGAAGCAAGAGUUCUUUGUUGUCCAAGUAUGGAUGGGCCGUUCACUCAGAAUGUUCUGUGCAAAGAUGCACUACAAGCAGUGGUGGGCGUGUCUGACUGUCGACUUGUGUGUUGCACCACCCCUGGAGAUCAGCAGAAAGUCACUGUCAUAACGUUAACCAAGGAGGGAAGGUUAGUGAAAACUCUUCUCCUGGUCUCAGCGAAGCAGAACAUUCGGACACUGGCAGCCGUAGAAGGGGAAAAAGAUGCUCUGAUUGGUUGGACAGAAUGUAAAACCCUCCUCAUAUGGAGUAUGAAAUCAGGCCAUCUGCUUCAGACUAUAUACCUGGAAAAGACUUUACCAAUGACAAACUGCAUGAGGGGAUACUCAUACAGAGGUGUGCUUUGUUUAUUACUUCAGAAUACUGGGAAUGUAUGUGAGGAAAAGAGUAACACAACUCUUUUUGCUCUGAUUGCUACGAAUCCCCUCACUGGCAAACACAUCACACUGACUUCCAUCAGCAACCCCGCUCAACACAUACAACAGUUGAUAGAUGGUGAUGUCUUUGGAUCUGGGCUUGUUGGCGUUUUCCAGUCUGGUCACAUUGCUGUUUGGGAUCUCAGAGGAAGGGUGGCGAAAGUUGUUGGGGUGCUUGAUGAGUUGUGCCGACUGGCUCGGUGGGCGGGGCCAGACACACUGCUGACUGGCUAUCUGAAUGGGGAUGUUAGUGUGUUUCAAUACAACACUGUAUAAAUAAGCAUUAAAUGAUGUGCAUUAACAUACUUUGUUUUGUCACGAUGUUCCCAAUUCAAUUAUAUUGGUAAAUUGUUGUUCAGUCAUAACAUUGUUUCAAUUGAAAAAUAUUUGAGAUACAGAUAUUGCAUUUCUAACACCUCAGUUUACUGGCACAGUCCCACACAAACUCUUUGUUGUUGUUGAUUGUUACAUGUGAAUAUCACAUAUUUACAGAACUGGUUUGGAUAUGACGUUUAAAUUUUACAAAAUAAAUGUAUUUCUGUGAAAGUGGUUUAAGCACUUAUAAUUGUAUUAAAUGCUGAGAGAAAAAGAUAGUAAA